CAACACACACUUCUUUGACUUCACCCAUUAUGCAGGUAACCACAGCUUCACCAGCAGUGUCAGUAAAUUCAUCACCAUUAAUGGCACAGGCACCAUCUUCAUCUCCACUGAAGCAGAUUACAACUUCUCCUCAGUUCAUUUGUGUUCCCACGUCAUCGCAUUUUGCCAGUGCCCUGUCAGAGUCACAAUCUCCACAUGUAUCAUCACCAUAUGCAGCUACAACUUUAGGAUUAACAGAAACUUUUUCACAUUCAUCAAACACAGCAGUAACUUCACCAUAUACACAAGCAUCACCCCUCAUGCUUCCAGAAUUAAAUAAAGACACUUGUGCAUCGAAAGGACUAGAGGGCCCAGAAUUAUCAACAGUUUCCACUUUCCUUCCUGUGUCAAAUCCACAUAUUUCACCAAGGGAACCUUCUGCUUUGAAUGCACCCUUUUUUACCAAGGAAAAUGCGUCGUUUGGGGUGUCAUUAGGAGCAAAUGUGACAGAUGCCUUGAAGAUGAGUCACCAGUCACCAGCAAGUGAAAAGAAUUUGUCUGCAGAUAAAUUUUCUCCAUCAUCAGAAUCAUUACCUCUUGGUUCCACAGACCAAACUUUAGUAUCUGCCUAUCCUACUCUUGUAACAACAGCACCAACUGCACAAAUUAUGGGAACAGAGGUGACAGAGUCUGUCACGAAGUUAGUAUCUCCAAAAGCAGCUGGAUCAUUGACAGCACCGCCUGAGACAGUACCAUUUAUGUCAUCAAUUGAGAAAAAUUCAGAAUCAGUAGAUGGAGGAUUCUCCUUGAGAAAUGAAGUAGAUGAUGUAGAAGUGUUACCAUCACCAGGAAUUCCAACACCAGCAAGUUCUUCAGUGCAAGUAGCAACAUCUAAUAUGCAACCAGAAUUGAAUACAGAAGUUGCUGUGGAACCUAAGAGUUCUGAAGCAUCAGAUGUGGGUGUGUCCCCAACACAGAAUUUUGUCCAGAUACCUAGUGUGAGGGCACAAACGCCAGCCUCAAUUGCAAGAAUUUUGACUCCAGUUUCACUAACAAGACCUGUAACACCUGUAUUACUGACAUCUAGUACUGCUGUUGAACAGGUAUCAUCUCCACAAACCACAUCUCCGAGGACUGUCUUGACAGUAUCAUCCUCGGCUACACUUCCCACCAUGUCCACAAUUACUUCUCCAAGUGUUUCAUCAGUUACUUCAUUAGGGGAAAUAACAUAUUCCGCAGCAACCAUAACUCCCAUGUCCUCCACAACAUCUCUACUACUGCCAGCCACAUCUGAAUCAUCUUCAGAUAUAGGCAGGCCUUGCUCUAGGGAAGAUUCUUUAGUGUCACUGUUCUCAUCAGCUAAUAAUCCAAGCAAAGUUAUUCCCGUGCCACUAGUGACACAUAAAUUACAAAAUCUGAAUUCAAAGCUACCAACAGGAGCACCUGAUACUAUCAGUACUAAUGUACCUAAUGCUCUGACAUCACCUUAUGAUGUCAGACCUCUCUCUGAAAGCAGGAAAAUCUUACCUGUAAUGAGCAUGCCACCAGGAUCAUCUCCCAGUGCAUCAAGUGUGGUUGUACUAGAUAAUGCAGUUGUUUCUUCAGUACCAAGAGUGAGUAGUGUUCCUAUUACAAGUAUAAUGCCCACUGCAUCUGGGGCAUCAUCUGAAGCUAGCAUUAUAACAACAAGAAUUCACCAUGGGGGUAUAAUGAACACUUUGUCCCUGGAUUCCUCUCUGGCAAACAAAUCUGUAGGGCCAGUCGAUUCUGGAUCUCGCUACUUACCAGUCAGUGGGUCUCACCAGUUUCAACAUGAUCCAUCUUUUCCAGAACUUCAGGCUAGAUUAGUUGGAACUGCUCCGACUCCUAAGCCUAUAAUAGCACAAACAGAGCUUGAUUCUGCCUCUGGUGAAGGGUUUUCGGCACCAUACAGCAGCCACAUGUAUCCAAAUACAGUACAGAUUAUUGGGGAGGGAAGUCAGAGGCCACCCAGCAUAUCUGUAGAGUCCCCAUCCCACCAUUUGUCUCGUCCAUUUCAAACUCAUUUUAAGAAGCAAUUGAUAUCAUCAACUCAGAAUUCUGCAACAAUUGAAGGAGUAGCACAUGAAGAGCAACCCAAAUCCACAGAUCCCAACCAAAAGCAUGAUCAGGGCAGUUUAGGUCGGCUCCCACAUCACGAAUCUGCGCCAGUUUCUCAGCCAAAUCCACAGCCAAACAGGUUUGAAGCUUACCAGUCAUCCAGCACUUGUAGUUAUGCAGGUCUUGUGCCACGACCUGGAGCUCUUCUUGAACCUUCUUUCCUGAAGAUGAAUCAGGCAGUUCCACCACCUGUCAUCCUCACCCAGAAUAGACAAGUCCCUAUAGGACACCCAGUUGGUGCACCAGGUCCUAGUCCGGUGGUGGAGCAUGACACAAGAUCAGUUGAUUCUCUGGGUUCUGUUGAGUUACCUCAGACGCUUCCUAGCCACCCGUCCGGUACUGAUCUUGAUGGUCGGUUGCCAGCAACUCCAGUUGGGCACAUUCGAUUGAUCAGAGGGUCGCCAGCAUCUUCAUCUAGUUCAAAGAGCAGAUCUGACUGGUCAAGGGAAAGCACACCCAGUGUAAAUUCCUUCAAAAUCCCAUCAUCAUCUCCAUACUCAGACCCUCAAACUCAAAAAACUUCCCCCCUAUCUCUGGUUAUUCAGAAAGUUAAUAGUGCUGGCAACUCCAUCUCUACCAUACUUCAUGAUGACUUAAUCAAUAGGUCUAGUAUUCAAAGUGGCACUGAAGUAGCACCACGAGAGUCUCAGCAAACUCCAUUAAGCUAUGUACCUGCACCUGUACCUCUUUCUGUACAAGAGAUUUCUGUACGUGAUAAACGUCUCUUUCCCAUACGGAAGAGAAGUGUCCAGAUAGUUUCUGAGGAUAAUAAAGACCCAGAAAUUCAGUGUCAAGGCACAUUUACUUCCCAAGCCCAAGUUGUGUCACUGGUACGAGUGACUCCGAGUCCUGCCUCAUGUAAAGAGAAUGAUGUUAAACCACCUGAAGAAAAUGUGCAGUCCAUGGCUCCACCCAGUGUUCCUGGUAUCACACCUUUAUUACCGCACCCAAGAUACCAUCCUCAUGCUCUGAAAUUGAGACCAGAAUUGGGAGGUAGAGCCAUUCAGAUGUACAAGGAAAGGCCAUUUAUGAGAGGCUCAAUAUUGACAACAUCAAAGGCAGCCCCACCUCCUCUACUCAGCCCAGGUGAUCAUGGGCAUCGUGCUGGAGUGUACCCACCACAACAGCCACCAAAUAGGCCACACAUAGGGUCAAAAGAAGAUUUAACAACACCGAAUCUGGGAAAAGAAGACCAAGGACAUCCAUUUUGGAGGUAUGGCUCGAGCUCAGAUUUGAGAGACUUGCCUAUUCACAUGGACCCAGCUUUGAUUCCCAUACGGUGGCCUGGUAUGUCAAGUGAAAUUGCAGCACAGCUGAAAGCACCCCAAAAUCUUGCUCCCUUAUAUCGACCUGGAAUUAACUCUUAUCUCUUCCGUGGGCGUUUUGCUCAAGGAUCUCUCUUACCACCUAAUUAUCCAUCUCAGAUGUAUCAACAACCCUGCAGUUUACCAGAGGGACACAGACCACAUAGUAAUGAGACUACAGUAAAACCAGACUGUGUGAAGGAAACCAAGCCAAGUCAGGAAGUUUCACCAGAUGAUAGUCCUAUCAAUGUUGUGGAUGAAGCACCAGAACUACUGCCUGCAAGCUCAAUUGGUUCUGAAGCAUCAAAAUUAGAAGGCUUAGGAAAGUCUUUACAACAUCACCUCACUUCCCAAAAACUUCUUACAGAUGGAAAAGCAAAGGUACCCCUCACUAGCCCAGUAGUCCAGAAUAGUUCAAAUCUUCAUGAAACAGUACCACACACUGGUGUGUUUGGUUUACCUCGAUCUGUGUCAGAAUCCAUUUUGAAAAGUUCUCAUGCAGUAAGUGCACUCUCAGGAAGUCUUUUCCCAAAUGCCAUUAUGUCUGGAAAUAGUAGUAACUCUGUUGUUGGUAACAGUGGGGGAGGAUCUUUAAGUUGUAGUGCUGGUAAUACUGUUAGUAGUAACAUUGAAACAGUAAAUAGUCUUGAGGGAACCGCAAAUGUUUGCACAAGUGGUGGCUCAUUAACAUCUCAAGAUGAUGAAUGUAGUGCAUCUCUGAGACAGUUGCACCCAACAACAGGAGAUUUGCAUGAUGAUGUUCGUCAUGAACAAGCAGGAAAACUGGGAAAAUUCUUAAAGAGAGUUAACAGAGGUUCUGUAGAUCACCCACGAACUGAGGCUAGCACUCCUGUCAGCAUCAUUGGUGGAGAAGAUGCAGCAUGUGUUGCUACAUCUGUUGGUGACCAAAUUAUGGAAGAUGUUCCCUCCACUUCAAAGGAAGAGCAAGAGGCAUCAGGAAAGGAAAGUUCACAUUGUUUCAAAGAACCAAAUUUUGAAGUAAGUUUAUCAGAGACCCAGUUGCGAGAUUUACGGAGUAUCCACCAAGAUCAGGAAACAGACCGCCAGUUCAGUAGAGGAUUCAAGAAGAGCAUAUCUUCAAAGUUUGAGGAUGAUAAUGCAGCCACAGAAGUUGAUGUUGUAACUGUACCAGAAGAAAAUCCAAAAAAUUCUCAGGAAACUGAAAAUAAUCCAAUCAUCCAAAAAAGCCUUCAUUCAGAUAACAUUAGUGAAACACUGUCUAUCCUACAAGGUAUUGUGGAGACAUCAAGGGAGCAGUUCAUUUUGGAAGACUUGGAUGAAGAUUCUCAGAAACAGGACAGUAGCAAGUCAGCAAGAGAGGUUGACUUAUCCCAGGUAGGAAAAUCAUCAGUGGAACGACUAAAAGGCUUUGAGUCAUCUUUCCAUGCCUUAAAGGCUAACCUACUGCAGGAGCAUGAUGAUAGUGAUGCUGAUUCUGGUCGAAAUAUGGCUGGAUGUAGAAUUAUAAUCAGGCGGAGUAGCUCAUCAAGCCAAGCAAGUGAUACAUCACGCUUUUCUGCAAACUCUCCGCCACCAUGCUCCCUCCCAAGAUCCUCAGAUGGUGAGAAUACAGAAGAUGAAAUGCCACAGACAUCUUCUAAGGAGUUGACAGUAGCUGAAGAGAAAUCAGUUCCAACAGGUGCUUCUUGCAGUCAGGGUAGUAGCAGUCAGACCUCAACUGAUGGGCCAGCUGUUUCAAGUAAAGCAGUUGUUGAGGAGCCAACUGUAGAUAUCAAAGAUUCAUCAACAGAAACAAGAAGUGAACUUGUUUCAGCAUCAGAGAGUUUCAGUGAAGUUCAAGAGGUAGAGAGUGAAGCUGAGAAAAUAGGAUCAGAAGGUCAUCAAGAUCCAAAAGUAAUGACAGAACCAGAUAUUCAGACAUCAAGACCUGCUUUAGAUUCCUCUCAGAAGCCUGAUUGUAUCACUUUGCCUGUUGAAGUUUCUAAGCCAAGCAUAGUCUCCCAAAGCAAUAUAUCAUCUAGAGAGGUUUCUGAUGAUCAGCCAAGCAGUGAAUCCCUCACAGGGAAAGAUAUUGGAGAAAGUACCCCAGUUCAUGUGCAGAAUAUAGUUUCAAGUGACCAAAGUGUAAAUGAUUCUGUGAUAGCUCCUGCUGAUACUGAAGUUGACAGACCAAAGUUAGUUUUGAAAUUAAAAACACCCAUCAAGAGGACACCAACAAAAGGAGCACUGAAAGCUUUUAGUGAAGAAUUGAUUCCGAUCAUCAACAUGGAAAAUCAAAAGGUGGUUGAAACUAGCACCCCAGACAGCAGCUCAGAAGUAACAUCCACAACACCAGAUAAUCCAACUGUUUACAGGAAGCCACGAGGAAGACCACCCAAAAAGUGCAAGGCUUUGCCACCUAAGAAGAGUCAGUACACCAGAGUUGCACAACCAGAAACUCCUGCAACUCCCAUAGAUGAAAUAAAUAGACAGAAAAAUUCUGUAGUGCAGGAAAAUGCAAUGCAGGGGUCAUCAAAUAAAAAAGAUAAUUCAGGAAUUGUUUUUACAAAGCCACAACCAGCUCCUUCAACACGUUUGAGAGGUAGGCGUGCAUGUGCAAAUGUCUCAUAUGCAGAGUUUUUUGAUGCUGAUGCACUAACUCCAUCUGCUAAAUUUCUGCCAGCUGUGCCUGAAGUUACAAAUGUGAAUGACCAGCUCCCAGAAAGUGGUCAGCCAUCCCCUAGUAUACCAAGUGUAACACCAUCACCAUCAGGUCAGCCUGUAAAAAGACGUCGGGGAAGACCAAAAAAGAUAAAUAAAGAACAAGAACAACAAAAACUGUUAACAUUACCUGAUGUACCUACAACACCAGCUGUUACACCAGUUGUUGCUGAAAAUGUGUCAGCAAAGGAAAAUUCAGAUGCAUCGAUCCUGAACACUGAUUCCACCAAAGAUAGUUUAACAACAAUAAAUAUCAGUGAAUUACAUGAUAGUGUAAACUUCUCGGAUGAAGCAGAUCAUCCGACUCCAACAAAGAAGGGAAGACUUCAAACACAGAGGAAGUUGGCUGCUCAAUUCCCCAAUGAAUCUCCUCCUAAAGAUAACUUGGAAAAAGACAGCAACAGCAUUGAAACUUCAGAAGCUGCUGAUAAAUCUGGCAAAACAACUGAACUUGCUGGUGAAUCUCAACCAGCAGAUCCAUCAUCUCCCCAGCUUACUGUAGUAGGCAAUAAAGAAUCAAAAUUGAAGAUCACCAUCAGACGUACAGCUGUAGGAAAGCGGAGUGCAGAUAGCACUUUCAAGAAGCCACCAAGAAAGAGAAAGAGAAAUGAUCAAGAUCCAACAAUUAUAGAAAAUGUAAGCUCUUCCAUCACUGUAGACAGUAAUCUUGAUGGCAAAGAGUCACCAGAGGCUUUCCCACUCCACUGUGAUCCUCACGAUCCUCUUGGUAUCGACUGUUCAGAGGAGACUGGAGGAUUGAGUAAGGCUGGCAGUAAGAAUGUUUAUGAAUUUGAAGAUGAUGUCAGUGAUGAAGAUGUUCCUGUUGCUCAAAGGCUAAAGAGCUUGGGCAGGACAAACAACCCCAUGUAUAAGAGAGCAAGGAAAAUUGUGCAGAAUGCCAUAAGAACUCCAGUAAGAGACCCAAAUUUCAGUUACUUAAGAACCCCAUCUCGCACACCCUGCCAUACCCCAGGUUAUAUGACUCCUUCUUAUAUUUCAAUGCCAUAUCCAAUUUAUACCCCAGAACACAGAGUAACGUAUUCAGGCCCUGGAUCAACACCCCGUGGUGGUUUGAAGAUUCGCUUACGGAAGAAGCCCCGCCAGGAACAACUUAUUCUCAGGAUCAAAAAACGUACUAUUGCAGAGAAAGCAGAACUUCAGCCUGCUGUACCCUCUCAGUCUGAGAUUGUUAGUCCCUCAUCCAGGAGAGUUGAAGAGAACAACAAUAGCAAAGAUAAAGAUGGCAAAGAUACAGCAAGCACCAGUACAUCUUGCUGUGAUGACCAGGUACCUCCCUCCAGCAAUAUACAAGCAAGCACCUCUGAGAAAAGUGAACUUACAUCACACAAGACUGCAUCAGCUGUAUCUCGCUCAAGUAUCAUUAAACAGUCAGUUACAAAAGAGAAGGAUUCAGGCUCAAGCAAACCAGCAAUUCCAACACUUAUCAUCAAGAAGUCAGCUGUGUCUGGCUUUUCAUCAUCACUUGAGGCCAGUGAUAAACAAAAGGGUUCACUAAAAAGGGUAAAACGAACAGAGGAUGGAUUUGUGAUUCCACCAGCUCCAGUGCUGAGACUUAAACGUUGCAAUUCACACUGGGAACAGAAUGAAGAAAUAAUUAUAAAAGAUAAGAGUGAGGAUGAACCCUCAGAUAUGGAUCAGAGUGCAUCAUAUGACACAGAUGCUGCAACUGAUAAUAAUGACGGAGCAACUACUGAUGGAGGUAUGACGGAAUCUGAAACUGCUGAUGACAUGAUGGACAUUGCUAAAGUGCCUCCAAUGCUGCAGACACCUUGCAAAAUCAAAAUUAAGCCUCCAGUUCCACCAGAUCCUAUUGAAGAAACAGUUCGCAAACUUGAUCUUGCCAGUGAAGGUUCUGGACCUAGUAAUGAAAAAGACAAAAUUACUGACACCCAAGCAAUGGAGCUGGAAGAUCAGUUGCGUAUACUUGAUGCACCUGUGUCAUCGGAAGGUGCAGCAGUUGGCAGUCUUGUUGCUGAUUCCUCUAAUAUUAUCAAGAAACACACAUUGCAUCAAGAUGAAACACUGCAGACAGAUAUGGAAAGAGCCCGGUCACCAGAAGUAAGCACACAGCAUGACAAGAGGGAAUUUGAUCUUGGAAAACAACCUGAGGAAACACACAAGAGCAAAGACGGAAAUAAACCAAAAGACAUAACACAACAAACAGAAAUUUUGCAGAAUAUUCCAACACCCCCUAGUUCUGUUUCAGUAGUAGAAACAUCCCCAACACAAAAUCCAGUAAUGCAGACUUCUCCAAAAACCACAACUCAUAUAUCAGCUUCACCAAAACCUUCACAAUCCACAGUAGUACAUAGUUCAGUAGGAAAAGAAGUAUUUUCAUUACCUCAGACAACCAAAUCUUGCAUGCCACAGAAUCUGUCAGAGGAGGGUGACAAAAGUAAACACGAGAAACAAUCACCAGCAGUACAAUCAUCACUAGUGAAAACUACAUCUCCAGUUCCUACACCCAUUCAGCAUGGUACACCUACAGGGACACCUUAUCCUGGUCGGUCUGUGAGAGUGGAUUCUGUGGAAUUGGAGUUGGCUGCUAUCUUGGGUUCUCCAAAUAAAAGUUCUGAGAGGAUUGAAACACCAGAUGCAAGAACAAUGAAUGAUGAAGAUCUUGAAGCUUUAUUGUUAGGAGAUAAAAGCAACAGUUCUGUUAGAAGUGAAACACCAUUAACACUGCAAGAUGGCAGUGAUAAAAAAAAGAGCUCCUCUGACAGUGUUGAGAAGCAGUCAUUAGCUUCUGAAGUAUACGAUCACCUACCUUGUGCAGAUUCUGAUCACGAGAUGAGUUCAUCACCUGAGCUAUUUUCUAAGGAUACAAAUUGUAUGUUUCCUGGCCCUAUAGAUUUGUCAGUUCACACGUUACUGGUCAGGGAUAGGAAGCUUAAAACUCCGCCCAAAGUUCUUUUGCAAAAGCUUUCUCCCAAAGUGAUAGGAACUCUUGAAAGAACAUCAAGCUCAUCUCCAGAAGCAAAUGUUAGUGCUCCUAAAAAAUUUACAAGAAGAGCCCAAAGACUUUUAUCAACACAGGUGGUUAAGCCAACAUUUGAAGAUACUGAGAAAGAUGGCAAGGCAUUGCCUGAUAAAUUUGGAGUCCGAGAAAAUGUAAAAAAGAGAAUUCUAGCAAGUCCCCCAGAAAGUUUGUUAGGAAAGAAACCACGAAGAAGUGAAAGAAAUAUCAGAUCAGAAGGUGCAGUUCCAAUGGAGGCAAAUCUAAGUAUGAUUUUAAAAGAGAGAAGGUCUCAGUAUUCAAAAAGUAAAAACAGUAGCAGUUUAGAUUCAAGUACUGAAGAACUGAUGGUUAUUCAGGACACCAAACUACAAGAU